GACGUUACGUGUGACGUCCGCUGCUGAGCCCGACAAGAAGCGAUAACGGAGGACGAGAUCUACGCAGCAUGAAUGUGAAGCGGAGCCGGGACCGGCUGUACAGCACUCGGUGCUGCGGCUGCUGUCAUGUCCGGACCGGGACCAUCAUCCUGGGCACCAAGUACAUGGUGGUCAACCUGCUCAUGGGAAUACUUCUGACUGUGAAAGUCACUCACCCCGAUACCGUGCCUACAGUGGACAUCCAGUAUGAAGUCAUUGGGAACUACUAUGCCUCGGAGAAAGUGGCCGAAAACGCCUGCGUCCUGUUUGCCAUAUCCCUGCUGAUGUUUACAAUGAGUGCAAUGAUGGUUUACGGUGCAAUCACACACCGCGGCGGCUGGCUGAUUCCCUUCUUCUGCUACCAGCUGUUUGAUUUCGCCCUCACGUGCCUGCUCGCCAUCAGCUCCCUCACAUACCUGCCGGGAAUUAAGGACUAUUUGGAGCAGUUGCCGGAUUUCCCAUAUAAAGAUGACCUGCUUGCAAUGGACUCCAGCUGGCUCCUCUUCAUUGUCCUGUUCUCUGGGACUUUAAUAAUUAUUCUAAAGGCCUACCUGAUCAACUGUGUGUGGAACUGCUACAAGUACAUCAAUAACAGGAACAUGCCAGAGAUUGCCGUGUACCCCGCCUUUGAGACCCCUCCUCAGUACAUCCUACCAACGUAUGAGAUGGCCAUAAAGAUGCCAGAAAAGGAGAAGGACCCUCCCCCACCUUACAUCCAAACGCAGAAGGACUCAUAAACUCUCCGGUCUCCUCCCACGCUUGGCCUAGUGUUUUAAUAUUGCCCCUGCUCGUCCCACAGAAUAAACCAACCCCCUCCCCCACCCCAAUUCUGAAGAGACGUCGUUCUUUUUUAUGUAACCCGACGCUUACAUUG